AUGCUAGCCUCGUUGAUCCAACCUCUACAACUGCCGUCGCCCAACAAAGAUGCCUUUGGCAUAGAAACACAAAGCUCGCGCACAAGGAGCAUGGACAAACUCUUGCAUGACGUCGAGACUCUCUUUGAGGCACCUCUGCGUCCAAGGAGCCUGCACGCCAUGUCAGAACAACUCCAGGCAGAGUUUCGCACAAAAUUACAAGCCUCAAACAUAUGCAUGCUGCCGUCCUUUCACUACGCUUUGCCUACCGGUGCAGAAUCCGGUGACUUUGUUGCCCUCGACGUCGGCGGCUCGACUUUUCGCAUCGCACUCGUACAUCUCAGCGGGAAAGACGCGGCAAAAGAUGGAAUGGACAUCAAGAGAAUGAAGAGCUUUGUCAUAGACGAGCCUAUACGGGACUUGAAGGGCAAGGCCUUCUUCGACUGGAUGGCCGCCAAAAUUGAAGAAGUCCUCGGCUCAGACAAGGACCUUGUUGUUCCAUUGUCCAUGGCAAUGUCAUGGUCGUUCCCAAUUGAGCAGACCUCUACGCGGACUGGUUCCAUCCUGACUAUGGGCAAGGGCUUCUGUGCUACUCACGGCGUCGAAGGCCAGGAUUUGUACGAGCUUCUCAUGGAUUCUUGCAAACAACGCGGUCUCCAAGUACAACUUCAAGCAAUCAUCAAUGACUCUUCAGCCACAUUACUUUCACAGGCCUAUCGAGACCCUUCAACUCGACUAUCACUCAUCCUUGGCACUGGCAUGAACUCGGCUAUCUACCUGCCGGUGUCUGCAUUAGCACAAGAAAAAUACGGCAGUCGCUCAGAGAGUUGGCAUGCAUCUGCUAAAGACGUGCUUGUGAAUACUGAGCUCAGUAUGUUUGGCAGGGAUGUACUUCCAGCUUCAAGGUGGGACCAGUAUCUCAAUGCCACCCACGAUCUUCCAGACUUCCAGCCUUUGGAAUACAGGGUCAGUGGAAGAUAUCUAGGCGAACUGGUGCGCCUCAUUCUCAUCGAAGCCAUCGAGACUGCUGACUUGUUUGGUGGUAUGAUGCCUGCUAAGCUGCAGGAGCCAUACUCAUUGGAUACUGGAACGGUCGCUGCUUUCGAGAGCGACCCGUCUCUCACACUAUGCAGCGCUGCAAAAGCUNUCACAUCUACACAUCCUCUACCAGCAGGCCGCAUGCCUUCGUCUCGGGACCUUUACUUUGUCAAGCAAGUCAGCCGACUUGUGUCUGGUCGUGCAGCUGCUUUGGUCGCGACAGCUGUUCAUGCGCUCUGGUCGCUUCAACGUGGGCUCUUAGCUUCGUCGAACACUGUUGAGACUCAGCUUGCGAGUCAACCUCAAGCGAGAGCAACAGUUGCAUGCAACGGCACGGUGAUGGAAAAGUACCCAGGUUUCCGCUCAAGGUGUCAAGACUAUCUCGACGAGCUGGCUGUCAUUAGCGGCCAGAGCCGAGGCGCCAUAUUGAUCGAGAUGGCUUUGGAGAGUUCAGUGUUUGGUGCAGCUGUCGCCGCUGCAUCGGAAUCUGAAACUUAG